AUGGCGGCCCACCUGUCCUACGGCCGAGUGAACCUGAACGUGCUGCGCGAGGCCGUGCGCCGGGAGCUACGCGAGUUCCUGGACAAGUGCGCGGGGAGCAAGGCAAUUGUUUGGGACGAGUACCUAACAGGACCCUUUGGACUAAUUGCCCAGUACUCACUCCUGAAGGAACAUGAAGUGGAAAAAAUGUUCACACUUAAAGGAAGUCGUUUGCCAGCAGCGGACGUCAAGAACAUUAUUUUUUUUGUCAGACCCCGGCUAGAAUUGAUGGACAUCAUUGCAGAAAACGUGCUCAGCGAGGACAGACGUGGGCCCGUGAGAGACUUCCACAUUCUGUUUGUGCCACGCCGCAGCCUCCUGUGUGAGCAGCGGCUGAAGGACCUGGGGGUCCUGGGCUCCUUUAUCCACAGGGAAGAGUACAGCCUCGACCUCAUUCCCUUCGACGGGGACCUCCUGUCCAUGGAGUCGGAGAGCACCUUCAAAGAGUGUUACCUGGAGAGUGACCAGACCAGCCUCUACCACGCGGCCAAGGGGCUGAUGACCCUGCAGGCGCUCUACGGCACCAUCCCCCAGAUCUUUGGGAAAGGCGAGUGCGCUCGGCAAGUGGCCAACAUGAUGGUGAGGAUGAAGAGAGAGCUCACAGGCAGCCAGAACGCCGUGUUCCCUGUGUUUGAUAAUCUCCUGCUGCUCGAUCGGAACGUGGACUUGCUCACGCCUCUGGCCACGCAGCUCACCUACGAAGGGCUCAUCGACGAAAUUUACGGCAUUCAGAACAGUUACGUGAAGUUGCCCCCUGAGAAGUUCGCCCCGAAGAAGCAGGGGGAGAGUGGUAAGGAGCUCCCCACCGAAGCCAAGAAGCUGCAGCUCAAUUCCGCCGAGGAGCUGUACGCCGAGAUCCGCGACAAGAACUUCAACGCCGUGGGCUCCGUGCUGAGCAAGAAAGCAAAGGUCAUCUCUGCGGCCUUCGAGGAACGACACAAUGCCAAGACAGUCGGGGAGAUCAAGCAGUUCGUCUCGCAGCUGCCCCACAUGCAGGCAGCGAGGGGCUCCCUGGCCAACCACACCUCCAUCGCAGAGCUCAUCAAGGACGUGACGACUUCUGAAGACUUCUUUGACAAGUUGACCGUGGAGCAGGAGUUCAUGUCUGGAGUGGACACGGAUAAGGUCAACAGCUACAUCGAGGACUGCAUUGCCCAGAAGCACCCCCUCGUCAAGGUGCUGAGGCUCGUGUGCCUGCAGUCCGUGUGCAACAGUGGACUCAAGCAGAAGGUGCUGGACUAUUACAAACGAGAGAUUCUCCAGACGUACGGCUACGAGCACAUCCUGACCCUGUACAACCUGGAGAAGGCGGGGCUGCUGAGGCCGCAGUCGGGCGGCAGAAACAACUACCCCACCAUUCGCAAGACGCUGCGCCUCUGGAUGGAUGACGUCAAUGAGCAGAACCCCACGGACAUAUCCUACGUGUACAGCGGCUACGCGCCCCUGAGCGUGCGCCUGGCGCAGCUGCUCUCACGGCCCGGCUGGCGCAGCAUCGAGGAGGUUCUCCGCAUCCUCCCGGGACCCCACUUCGAGGAGCGGCAGCCCCUGCCCACAGGCCUGCAAAAGAAACGACAACCUGGGGAAAACCGCGUGACUCUCAUCUUCUUCCUCGGGGGCGUGACGUAUGCGGAGAUCGCUGCGCUGCGGUUUCUCUCCCAGCUGGAGGACGGAGGGACGGAGUAUGUCAUCGCCACCACAAAGCUCAUGAACGGAGCCAGCUGGAUAGAAUCUCUCAUGGAAAAGCUGGCCUAG